UUUCCUUUUCGGGUUCCCUGCCUUCUAAUUUAAAACACUUUAUCUUCUUCUUCUUCCUCACAAAAAAGCAGAUUCUCGUGUCUGUCCGAAUCCCACAAAAUCAAAGGCUAUGCAGCAGCAAGACCCGAACUCCAGACCCGCCACUGGGUAUCCCUACCCGUAUCCUUACCCGAAUCAACAACCACCACCCGCAUCCGCCGCCAACGGCUACCCAUACCAAAACUACCACGCGCCUCACCCCGAUCCACGCGCUCUCCUAAUCCGCCGCCUCUUCAUAGCCCUGAUGGUCUCCAUCCUCAUCUUCGGCCUCAUCCUCUUCAUCUUCCUCAUCGUCGUCCGCCCCCAGCUCCCGACCGUCUACAUCAAUUCCCUCUCCGUCUCCAACUUCAACGUCUCCAACAACCAGCUCACCGGAAACUGGGACCUCCGCCUACGAUUCGAAAACCCUAACUCCAAGAUGUCGCUCUACUACGACACCGUCCUCUGCGCCGUGUACUACGGCGACGAUUCCCUCUCCGAGACGCGGCUGCAGCCGUUCGAUCAGGGGACCAAGGAUCAGACUCCGAUCAACGCGACGCUCUCUGUCUCCGGGACUUACGUGGAGCGUCAGUUGGCUGAUUCGAUCGGGAAAGCGAGAGCGGAGAAAGGAAGCGUGGAGUUUGAUUUGAGGAUGGCUUCUGUGGUUACUUUCCGGUAUGGAGUGUACCGGAGGAGGAGGUACGUCAGGGUUUACUGUGAUGACGUGGCGGUUGGUGUUCCGGGGAAUAGUAGUUCAGGGAAGAUGGUUGGGUCGGACAAGAGAUGCAAUUCUUAUUGACUAAGUCAGUUAUUUGGAAUCAAGAAUAUUACCUUAGGGAUUUUUACAAUUUAGGGUGUGGUUUAACCAAUUCCUGCGAUUAUUCAAUGUAUAAAUCGACGAUGGUAUUUUCAAUGUGGAUGAAGGAAUAUUCAUGUCUGAAGAAAGAAACAAAAGAAAUUUUUAGAUAAUGUCUUAUUUUGUUGAUGAUGAA